AUGUAUAAGGAGAUGAAGAUGGAAAGAGACUCUACAAGGAUAGAAGCGAUGAAGAAGAUAGUUGACGCUGAACUAUGGAAUGGAAUGUGGUUGUCGGCCAAACAAAUUACGCCUGUCUUCCAUCUUACCUGGGUCCUAAUGAGUCCAGUGAACAGCUUGUGGUUCAAGUGGAAAAGCCUUCGAUUGCCGUGGCGAAGAUCCUUCCUUGUCGGCACCGACUUAUCCGGAAACACAUACUGGGAAUUCAAAGACUCACUGAAUGCUGGGCGAUACCGGCGGAUCGUCAAGUACAACUCCAAAACCCACUAUGCGGACGUGCAAGUGACUCCCCAGUGGCACCAAUGGCUCCGAUACGUCCGUGCCGACCCUCCCUCGCUUGAAGAACAGCAGCAGGAUGUCCUCCGUCAGAUUCAAAUCAAGCAACUCGCCCAAUUAGCCGAUAUGCGCUGGGCAAGCAAGCCAUCCUACCUCGACAAGCCGCAAACACAGCAGCCAAGGCCUGCGACCAGAACAAGCGAUGCGACGUUGAACCCACCGAUGGGAGCGGUUGGCGAGGGUCCCAAGACGCAUAACGCAGUUUCUGGCGCUGAGGCUACAAAAGCAGCGGGAACGACGACGCCAACACCAACACCAACACCAACACCCGAUGAUCCUUGGGCUAAAGCUCGAACGAGCGAUAGUGAGAACUGGCAGCCCGAGUCCUGGACACCGUCUUCUUCGCGGAGGUGACUAGGCAAACGCCAGUCGCUUUCAUUUAGACUCCUAGAUCCCUUUCCUCAGAAAAGCUGUUCGAUCUUCUGUUUAUAUUCAGUUGGCAAUCUGGCGUUCACUGCACAUUGUUCGGAACAUUUGAGGGGAUUUUUUUAUAUCUGUAUAUCUCAUCAACAAUCUUCGUGGAAUACAUCUGCCCUGUACAAUAUACGACAUCUAUCUAAC